AUGGCUGUGGACUGGCACUUCGAGGACACGGACGGCAGCGAGGCCGGGGCCAAGGAGACGCAGCGCAGCAUCAUGGACUACUUGGCCGAGAACCACUUUGAGCUGGUCAUUAACCUUUCCAUGCGCAACGCUGGGGGGCGCCGGCUCUCAUCCUUCGUCACCAAGGGCUACCGCACCCGGCGCCUGGCCGUCGACUACUCCGUGCCCCUCAUCAUCGACAUCAAGUGCACCAAGCUCUUCGUGGAGGCCCUGGGCCAGAUCGGGACGGCCCCCCCGCUGAAGAUGCACGUGGACUGCAUGACCUCCCAGAAGCUCAUCCGCCUGCCAGGGCUGAUUGACGUGCACGUGCACAUGCGGGAGCCGGGCGGCACCCACAAGGAGGACUUCGCCUCGGGCACAGCGGCCGCCCUGGCGGGGGGCGUCACCAUGGUGUGCGCCAUGCCCAACACCCGCCCUGCCGUUGUCGACGCCAGCUCCUUUGCCCUGGUGCAGAAGCUGGCGGAGGCAGGCGCGCGCUGUGACUUCGCCCUGUACCUGGGGGCUGCGUCGGACAACGCCGGAUCCCUGGGCCCCGUGGCUGGCGCAGCCGCCGGGCUCAAGAUGUACCUGAACGACACCUUCUCCGAGCUCAAGAUGAACAACGUCUCGCUGUGGAUGGAG